CGGCGGUGCCCAUCGUCAUCAUCAGUGGUCGACGGUUCGUUGUCCCGUAACGCCGCCGCUUGCUGUUGGGCCGAUCACUUCGCGAACACCACACACACGCGCGCGCCGGUACGUGUAACGUAACGUACAUACGCGUAGCGGAAAAUAUUAGUAUAUUGUUGCGUCGCGCGCGCGCGUCGUCAUCACACGGUAAAAACAGUAUAAUUUUUUCGGAAUCUUUUCGAUUUUUUUUUUUUUUUCGUCUCACGACGAUCUCUCGUUUGCCCGCAAACACACCGCCCGGCAGAGCGUACGGUACGUAAAAUAACAUAUCGAUAUAAAUCGCGACUCACGUCGCCGCCGCCGCUACUCAUUCGGUUCACUUUCGUCUGGGAUGCCGCGUUGACGACCGCAGAGGCCGACGUCUUAAUCUUCCUCGCGAAGCCCCACGCGCACCGCGGCCGACCACAUCGGAACGUCCGUCUCGAGUCUUACGCAAGAAUACCGGAAGUGCUUUUACAACAGCUGUUUCAGUCGAUGCCACUAGACAUGGCUCUGGGGAGUACAGCUCCCAUGAGCUUUCGACACCGCUUACAGGUGACCGUGGCUCUCCUGUUGAUCGUAUGCGUGACGCUGACCAAGUCCGCUCCAGCGACUUAUGAUGAAAUCGAAGCAAAACAAACAGACUUGACGGAUUACUUUAACGACCCGAACGGCUGCUACUACAACUAUCAACACUACGAGGAGGGCGAUCGCAUAGUGACCAACGAGCCGUGUCUGAACUGCACGUGCCACAACCGGAUGCUAAUGUGUUACCUGAGGGUGUGCCCGUUCUCAAAGGCUAUCGGGCAGGACUGCACGGUGCAGAAGUCGCCGGACCAGUGUUGUCCGGUCAUCUCGUGUCCGGAAGUUGGUUCGGAUGUUACAGUGCCGGUGCAUCUGCUGACCAGCUCAACAACGACACAGAGGUCCACGACCACGACGACCACGACCACCGAGAUCGGAUGGCGCGACGACUACGGGUGCAUGAUGAACGAGAACGGAUUCUUCCCGGACGGAGCGCAGGUACCGUCGGACCCGAAGAAACCGUGCGAACUAUGCUACUGCAUCAGAAACCGAACGGCUUGUGUCAUGCAAGAGUGUACGCUGCACGUGGAGGGCUGCAGACCUGUGUACCAAGACGGCGUUUGUUGUCCGGUUCGAUACGAUUGCGAUUACGAGAGUGAAAAGUCUACAACAUCCACACCACAAUUAAGUGGUGGAUUAGUUUUUUCAACUACUUCUGCGCCAUUCGAUUGCAAGGUCAACAAUGAAGUCUACAGAGAUGGAGAGUCUAUUACCAUGGUCACGGAAAAACCUUGUGAACACUGCUACUGUAUGAGAGGCGAUAUCGUGUGCGCAGUCCAAGAUUGUGGCGAACCACUAAGGGGAAAAGACUGCACUCCGGAAACACCACCAACUGGACAAUGUUGUCCUACCUCAUAUCAAUGCCCUAAUGAAACAAUGAACUCGUACGAUUCGACUACAUUACAACCGGUUUUACUAAGUGAUUCGGAUGGAAACGAAGCUGAAAAAUUCCCGACGAGUGAUGAGGUAUACGAAAAAUUGGGAGAAAAUCAACCAAGUCAACAAGAUGAUAAAAAUGAUGUAGAUUCUGAUCAAAUAUACACUACGGUGGCUUAUGCUAGCGAAACUCUAUCAGCGGGAACGUCUGAUCAAACGACCAAUAAAAAUGAAGAAUCCCACGAAUCUGUUCCCGAAAAUCAUAAUACCGUGGCAGGGCCGAAUAUUUUACCAGAAAACGACAGUACACAUACAAAUAACGAAGACAACAAACCAGAACAUUCAAGUACCAAACCAGAAUUAAUAAACCAAGUUAACCCUAUUGGUACAGAGUCUGAUACGAUUAAAUAUGAAAGUACAAAUAAACCUCUAGAGCCGACAUCGAUAGACGAAGCGAAACCAACGCAGUCACCCGCAGCAGAUCCAUCGUUGAAUGAGAAUAUAGUUAACCCAACUACUCAGACCAUAAUCAAUGAAAAUAGUGUUAAUGAAGGAAACAAUAAUAAUGAAAGUCCUGUUCAAAGUCAAGACAGUCUUGCGUCCAGUUCACCAACCGAACUAACAGAAACUUCUGUAGAAAGUGAAACACAGAGUUCUAAUACUCAAGACAAACCACAAGAAGGAAUUCAACAACAAACUGAUACUCCUGUUGUUGCAGAAAAAGAACCUAUUAAAUCUAGUGAUCACGAACAAAACGUAGAUAUUAAAUCACCAACUGAUACAUCUGAUGCAAAUCAAAAUAAUGAAGGAAGUACUGAAAACUACACAGGAGAAAACAAUAUUAUCACAGUUGUUCCAUUAAACGAAGACACUGAACAAACAACAACAAAAUUAACUCAACUUGACAAUGUAAACACUCCUUUGGGAAAUUCAGACUCUAUAAUUGAUACUACAUCAUCAAACAUUAUCAAUCAAAAUAAUUCGGAUCAAAGCAAUCAAGAAUUUACUCAAUCGCCACAAGAGGAUAAUUUACCAACAAAUAAUCCGUCUAAUGUAGAGCAAAAUUUGGCAAACAACGAUAAGAUUCAAGAAGAAAAUGUAGUCUCGACUGAAAUACCUAACGUAGUUAAUGAACCAUCAGAAAAUAAACCACAGAACGAAAAUAUAUCUGAAUCAGAAAUUACAUCUACAAAAAAAUAUCAGGAAAAUCCACAAGAAGGAAAUACCGAAUCUACUGAAAUCCCAAAAAUAGAAAAUAAACCCAAUGAGCAAAACAAGCCCCUUGUAGAAAACGACCCAGAAACUGAAAAAGGACCAGAAUCAGAAAUAACACCCACAGAACCAAAUCAAGAUGAUUCACAAUCAGAAAAUUAUUUGCCAACUGAAAUUCCUAAAAUUGAAAAUAAGCCUACUGAACAAGAUAAACCUUUACUUAAUAACAGUCCACAAACUGAAAUCCAACCGGAAUCAGUUCAAACACCGGUUGAACCGAAUAAUAAAGAUAGUUCCCAAACCGAAAACGCAACACCCACUGAAAUUUCCAAAUUAGAAAAUGAAUCCACUGAACAAAAUAAACCUUUAGUAGAAAACAGUCCACAUACGGAAAGUCAGCCUGAAUCAGAUAAUUUACCCACAGAACAAAACCACGUUAGUGUUCAAGGAGAAAACAUAUCUCCGACGGAACUUCCUAAAGUUGGAAAUCAAGAUUCUCAAACAGAAAAUGCACCACCAACUCAAAUUCCAAGUAUCGAAAACGAACCCACUGAACAAAAUAAACCUUUAGUAGAAAAUAUCCCACAGAAUGAAUAUCAACCUGAAUCAGGUAUUACAUCGCAAGAACAAAAUCAAAAUAGUAACCAAAAUGAUAAUGCAUUACCAACAGAGAUUCCAAAAGUUGAAAAUAAACUCACUGAACAAAACAAACAUAUAGUGGAAAAUAGUCCUCAGACCGAAAUUCGACCGGAAUCAGACCAAUCACCUACAGAACAAAAUCAAGAUAGUACUCACAAUGAAAAUGCAUCACCCACUCAAAUUCCAAGCAUUGAAAAUGAACCCACUGAACAGAAUAAACCAUUAUUAGAAAUUAUUCCACAGAGUGAAAGUCAACCUGAAUUAGAUAAUACAGCCACAGAACAAAACAAGGGUAGUGCACAAGGAGAAAAUGUAUCACCAACUGAAACUUCAAAUGUAGAAAAUGAAACUACUGAAAAUAGUAAACCACUAGAGAACAACAUUCCAGGAGUCAUAAAUCAACUAGAAGCAGGUAAUAUAUCCACAGAACAGAAAAACCAAGAUAAUUUACAAUCAGAAAAUGUAACUCCCACUGAUAUUCCAAAUGCACAGCAUGAAUCCGUUGAACAAAAUAAACCUAUCGUAGAAAGUAACUUACAAACUGAACAUCCACUAGAAUCAGAUAAAACAUCUACCGAACAAAUUCAAGAUAGUGUACAGGGAGAAAAUGUAUCACUAACUGAAUUUCCGAAGGUAGAAAGUGAGCCCACUGAACAAAAUAAACCUUUAGUAGAAAACAGUUCACAUACGGAAAGUCAACUCGAAUCAGAUAAUAAACCCACAGAACAAAAUCAAGGUAGUGUUCAAGGAGGAAACAUAUCUCAAACGGAACUUCCUAAUGUAGGAAAUCAAGAUUCUCAAUCAGAAAAUGUAUCACCAACUCAAAUUCCAAGUACAGAAAAUGAACCCACUGAACAGAAUAAGCCUCUAGUCGAAAGCAGUCCACAGGCUGAAAGCCAGCCCGAACCACCAAAGACACUCGCAGAGGAAAAUCAAAAAAAUCCACAGGUAGAAAAUGUUUCAUCGACUGAAAUUCCAUCUAAACUAAACGAACCGCAAUCUGAAAAUGCAGUAACAGAAAAUAUAUUGAUUGAACCAGUAGCGUCUGUGGUUCCGGUAAAUGAUAUACCAACAGAACAUUCCAUCGAACAUAAUAAUAUAUUUAUAGUUGCACCAACGUCACCCUCACUGUUUUCACAAAACCAAAUCAAAGGCGAUGAACCCACGUCAACCUCUUCUGGAAGCGAAAUUAGUGACAAAAUAACAACAGUGGCAGAAAAGAACAAAGACAAGAUUGUUAUAAAUCCUUCAACAUCAGCUGAUGAUAAACCAUCUCCGUUCGUUGAAAAAACAAACAUGGAUAAUGUAUCACCAUUAAGUUCUACUGAAAUAGCUCCAGAAAGCAAUAACAUAUUACCACAAACAAAUGACGAAAAUACGGAACAUUCAACUGAAACAAAACCCGUUGAAAACGGAGUCAACGUUGAAGUAUCUAAUGACGUGACUAUUGCUCCGGUUGAUUCUCAUGACUCAAAACCAAUUGUAACAAAUUUAAAUAACAAAUUUGGAUCGAAUAACCUGGUGAAUUCGGAACCAUCGGUAACACCAACUACUGAAUCUAAUCACGAUGUUAAUUUGGGAAUAACAAAUCAAGAUAUAUUAGUAGACGACGUUUCUUCACAAGAAAACGACUCGGUGGACGAAGGAGAUGCAGAUACUCCCGCUUUAGAUCCACUAGAACAUCAAAUCGCUCCACAAACCGAAAGUCCGACAGAAACAGAAUCGUCGACAAAUGAAUAUCCAUCGGCUUCAAUUGAACACAUUAAUGAUUUCACAACUUCUUUGCCACAACAACAAGUUACCGAUAACAAUAUUCCUGUUAUACCUGUAGAAUCAAUCAAUCCAAGUGAGCCUGUUCUGGCAGACGAUAAAACUGAAACACCAACUGUUUUGUCAGAAAAUACUACACCGAAAAAAUCUGAAGUGAGCGGAAUCCAACAUUCUGAUGAUAUUUCCAAACCAACCGAAUCACCUGUAUUGGAUCCUAAUGGUACUGAACAAUUUGUUUCUACACAAAAUCCAGUACUAAUCAACGAAAACGAAAGUGUAACACCUCAUGUACAAUCACAAGAUGAAAACGUCAAUGAGAUAGAAGAUCAAACAUCUGUAUAUCCGGACACUUCUUCGAAUAACGAAAACAAUUUGAAUUCAGCCAAUGGUUUGUUUCAAAAUAACAUAGAAAAUUCUACUCCAUUGUCGGAUAAAGUUGAAACUAGUACAAAUGCACAAAAUUAUGGAGAAGAACCCAUUAAAAAUAACGACGGAGCCGUUCCGUUAGAAAAUGAAAAUUCAACAAUUUCUCAAGCGGAACAAGUUAAUCAAGGAAGUUCAGAAAAUGCAGAUAAUAUAGAAACGACUAAUAGUUAUACUGAAAUACCAUCUUUAGCUUCGAUAACAAAUGCCCCAGCAAGUAUUUCUGAUGAAAAUGAUGUUAACCCAUCUUUAAAUCCAGCUAAUGAUGUCGAAACAAAUGUAGACAAUAAUCGUCCAGCAACUAUUGUACCGCAACAAAGUAUACCAUCUGAUGAAACAUCAACUCAAUAUAUAACUGAUGAUUCGUCGACAAAUGGCCCGAUCCAAGAAACUCCAAACGUGAAUCUUAAUAACAAUAUAGAAACGGGUACUAAUAUUCCUCCUUAUUCGGAAAUUCCUAACGAGGUAAAUCAAGAUUCCGUUUCUGAAUCUGAAUCAUAUACUACUCAAUCACCAACAGAAACAAAUUUUUCAACUGUUGAUUCUAACAAAACACCCGAAAAUGACGCCACAAUGGAAGCAAUUUCAAACUUACCUGUUCAAACUAACAAUUCACAAACAAAUACUAAUGAAAUUAUUAAUGGAAAUCCUUCAGAGACGUCAGAUAAUGCUGGUAAGCCGACGGUUUCAAAAAAGCCUGAUUAUGUUAUUGACAUUACCACUGUAAUACCAAGUUUCAUCUCCGGAUCAAUUGAAACUGAAGACCAAGCAAAUGCCGUAAACGAUGUUACGACAUCAAAUAUUGAUAAAAAUAGUGAUACAACUGAAUUAUAUGAUAACGUACAAGCUGGAGUUCCCGGGGAAGGAAGUUGUUUAAUUGAUUUUGUUACUUAUGCUCAUAAAUCCGAAGUACCUAAAUCCAAUCCAUGUCAUGAAAAGUGCGAAUGUUUAAAUAGUAUUGUUACAUGUACAUCGGUUAACUGUCCACCAGCACCGCCUCAGCAUAGAAAUUGCAUACCUCUACACCCAGGAAACGAAUCAUGGUGUUGUCCGUCAUACAUGUGUGAAGGAGGCAUAGAAGGAGUGCUAUUUGAAAGUAACAAUCAGCUUGGAUCUCCACAAUUAAUAUCAACCGUAGUUUUAGAAGAUAAGCCAGGCGAAGAAAACGAUGAUAAGACGCAUUUAGACGAAGAAGUUUCGAGUACGCCUAGUCCUCAAAUUGCAUCCGAAUAUAAUACUUUACCACCUUCUCAAACGGACAAGAUUAUUAAUUCACAAGAUUCCAUGGGUAUGACUGAGGUUUCAACGCCAAGUGAAAUCAUCAACAAGCCAUUAGAAAAUGAGGUGGCUACUGACGUAGAUAAUAAUAUACCAACAACUACUAAUAGUCUUGGUACAGUAGAAAAUGAUAAACCAACUGAAAAUGAUAAGCCGGUAGAUAUCAGUGACAAACCAGUAAAGAAUGGACAGCCUUUGAAAAAUGAAAAGCCAGUGGAAAGCGAUAAACCAUCAGAAAAUGAAAAACCAGUAGAAAGCGAUAAACCAUCAGAAUAUGAAAAACCAGUAGAAAGCGAUAAACCAUCAGAAAAUGAAAAACCAGUAGAAAGCGAUAAACCAUCAGAAAAUGAAAAACCAGUAGAAAGCGAUAAACCAUCAGAAAAUGAAAAACCAGUAGAAAGCGAUCAACCAUCAGAAAAUGAAAAACCAGUAGAAAGCGAUCAGGUCACAGAGAAUGAAAAACUAACAGAUGACUCUGAAGCUGACGUUACAACAGCUUCUUACGCAGAUAAUGAACAAAAAGUAACUAAUAAGCCUGAGGUGGUAAACAAUAUUGAAGAACAGAAUACAUUACCGAACGCGGUCAAUGAAUCUCAAGAUAAUUUAUCACCAUCCACAGAAAUACCAAGUUCUGAAUCGGCAAUAACGAAUAUAAUUCCAACUAACGAUCAAAACCUAUCAGAACAAAAUGUAGGAUCAGAUGACUCAGUAACAGCGACUACAUACAAACCCAAUAACUCUAUUGUUGAUCAACAAAUUGAUGAUAAUAAAACGGUAGAAGAAGAUGGUAAACCGACGGCCGACGAAAAGCUUGACGCAGUACCUGUGACUGGUGUUAUUGAUUUACCUUCAAGUGACGUUAAGCCCUUAGAAGUGACUCAAACUCCCACCAUUAUAGCAGAUGCCAACCCCACAGCCGUCGAAAACAACGUCAAUGGUUUGAGACCAACCAGCAUCGACGACAUAAUUUCAUCAGUAAAUAUGGUCAAAGACGCGGUUAAAAAUUCAUUGGAAACUUCAUCAAAACCUGCAGAAAUCGACUAUCAAACCACUACCGGAUUGAUUGAAAACUACCAACUGACAGUUGUGCCCGAAAACGCAGUUAACCCAUCUUCGGAAAAUGUGUUGGUAGAUAAAUACGACGAGCCACAAACCACAUCGAGUAGUGUGAACACUGUGCCAGAAUUACAAACAGAUGACAUCAACGAAAAAUUACCAGAACGUCCUGAUGUGGUGGUGCCGUCUGACGAAGUGAGGCCGACCCAAGUUCCAGAUAUAUCACCAUCGGUGAACGCCGAUCAAGGAACAUCAACCGAGUUACCAUCGAUUGUUCCGGACAAACAGGAGAUCCCCACCAGUCCGAAUGUAGCUGACAUCAAUGUAAACCAACCCGAGGGAACGCUCGACGAUAAAAUAGCAGAUGUCACGACAAUACAGAACGUGCCGAAUUCAGAACAAGACCAGACGAGUAACGGACCGAUAGUGGCUACUAGCAAUCCGGUUAUUGCUCAAGCUGACGUCGAAUCGAAUACGAACCUACCCGAAGUGCUGACCAGCAAUGACAAGGCGCCAGAGAUUACCACGCAAGUGUUCCCGUCGUCUGCGCAACAGGAAGUGCUCACGGACGAUACGGCGAAUAGGCCAGCGGAACAGGAGAAACCCAUCGCGGAGCGGCCGAUUUCUCAGGAAUUCGAAGUCAACGCCGACGGUACACUGACUGAAAUAACGACACAGUCUGUACCCGGUUACUCGUCGACUACCGAGUACGCGGACGCCGAGACUUCGGAAAACGGCGAUAAACGGUUUGGAGUGCCGAGCAGCUCACCCGCCGCACCAACGGUAGUCCACGAGGACAACAAACGUCCACAGGAAUCAUCCGGUGACGUGGUGAACAUACCAUUGGACACCGAAGAGAAGCCGUUGUCGAAACCGUCUUCGAGCACUCCCACGUCGGCUUCUUACGCCAGCAGCAGACCGCAGUACACACCGAUCCCGCAGUCGACGUGGACUCAAAAGCCGUUCCACCAAGACAGCACGUCCGAAGCGCCGCAGCCGGACCAAGGAUUCCCGGACGAAUACGACGACGAGAACGAAGCCGUUUACGGGCCGGGCACGUGCAGAUACGGGGGCAAGAUAUACGUAUCCGCGCAGCAGGUGCCCAGAGAGGACCCGUGCGAUUUCUGUUUCUGUUUCCGUGGUGACAUUAUCUGCCUGCAACAGAGCUGCCCACCGCCAAUAUUCGGAUGCUACCAGGAGAACAUUCAAGGAUUCUGUUGUCCCAGGUACGAGUGCCCGGUAGCGCAGGCCACCUCGGUGAACGUGACCACGACAACGACCACGACCACCACCAUGGUUCCGCCGCAUUUCUUCGCCAACGCUUACCGCGGAGCGGCUAGACGGACCGGGUGUCUCAUUCACGGACACGCGUACCGCGUGGGCGAAGAUGUGGGCAUCGCUUCCGGACCCUGUCUCGAGUGCAUAUGCGGCGCCGACGGCAAAAUGAAAUGCGACCCCAAACCUUGCAGCCCGGAGCCUAUGCUCAGAAAAAUUAUGGCAGAAGCGGUUGACCAAAGGAAGAGGUGAAUACAGAUAACAAAUAAUGGGUUCGACGACAAAGUGCCAAAUACCACCACUGUUAACGAAAACAAUUAUUAAUAUAUAUACGAGCAACGAGAACCAAAAGUAGACCGUCAAAAUAUUGUAUUUAUUUUUACUCGAUUUUUUUUUUUUUUUUUUUUAAUUUCAACCAUAUCGUGAAAUGUCAAUUUUCGCGGCAUCGCGCGUUGCUCAAUACAAAAAAACAAUACCAUCCUCAUUUACGAAGAAAAAAAGACAAACAUGGUAUGCCAUCGUGAAAACAUUGGAGACUGGUUCUAAUGAGUAUUUUAUUUAUUACUUUUAGUUUAUUAAAAAAAAAUAGGUUAGUUUAAUUUAUUGUACGACAUUAUUUAGUAGAAGAAAAACGUUAAUAAUUAUUUACAAUGUCUAACCAUUUCUGACGAAUUCACACGAAUGAUGGUGGGAUUUAUAUUAAUCAUCGAUACGAGUAACGGUGAUAAGCAAUACGCUUGCACUUGAUGACCCAAAUCAUUUUGAACAUGAAAAACUAAAAGAAAAUUU